UACCGCUUUGCGUUGUUUAAGAGUUCUGUUGCCGCUAUGACCUCUUCCUUGGACCACUUAAGAAAGCAUACUAACAUUGUUGCGGACACCUCAGAUAUAUCAACCAUUAGCAAGUUUAAACCUUCGGAAGCUACUACCAACCCCAGCUUAAUUUUGUCUUCUGCUAAAAUUGAUUCGUAUAGACACUUCCUUUACGAAGCUGCUACACUUUCAAAACAAAAGUUUGAUUCCACCUCUGAACAACUAGAGGAAGCUUUAGACUUCCUGACUGUGCGUUUUGGUUGUGAGCUUCUCAAGGUUGUCCCCGGCCGAGUGAGCACCGAAGUGGAUGCUUCGUUAUCUUACGAUACUGAAGCUUCCAUUAAAAAAGCUAAGAAGUUAAUAUCUUUAUAUGAAUCACUUGGUUUUUCCAGAACUCGUGUCCUUAUUAAACUGGCAGCCACCUGGGAAGGCAUUCAAGCCGCCCAAAUUCUGGAGAAUGAAGGCAUUUGUUGCAAUAUGACUUUGAUUUUUAAUUUUGUUCAAGCCGUUGCAUGUGCAGAGGCUGGAGUAACUUUAAUUUCACCUUUUGUCGGUCGAAUUUAUGACUGGUACAAAGAAAAGGAUGGCAUUUCCUACUAUUCUCCUCUUGAAGACCCGGGAGUUCGAUUUGUUACCAAAAUAUAUAACUAUUUUAAAAAAUUUGGUUUUUUAACCAGUGUCAUGGGCGCCUCAUUUCGAAACACCAAUCAAAUCGAAGGAUUAGUUGGCUGUGAUUUUCUUACGAUUAGCCCAACGCUACUGGAAAAGUUGCAUGCUAGUAAUAAAGACCUUCUCCCUGCUCUUUCUAGUGGCUCUUCUAAUUCUACGCCUCUUGAAAAAGUUGAAAAAGUCACCGAAUCUUAUUUUCGUGGGUGUUUGCAGCGAGAUGAGAUGGCCUCUUUUAAAUUGAAAGAAGGCAUACAUAAGUUUAUUGAAGACACUGAAAAGUUGAAGGCAAUUAUUAAAGAACAAAACUAGGAAAUUAUCAAGUUACUCGUAAAAAUCUUGUAGAUUGCUUUGCUGAUACACCAUAAAGCUGGAGGUGAGUACACAUGCCAUUAUACCAUUUUUUUUGUUAGGUUUACCAGUGGCGUGUCAACGAAAACUUAUAUACAUAAUGAACAUGAAAAAGAGGCAGAUAGCACAUUGAGGAUCAUGAAGUUAUACAAACAGAAGCAGGAAAAGAAAACCUUAAAAAAACAAAUAGUGUUUUAAUACUUAGAAAGAACUUGUUUGCCGCUACGAAAAGACUGUGAAAUAUCUCUAGCCGUCACC